AGAGCCGCGGGGCCGUUCUGCGCAGGCGCGGCAGGUCGAGCGGGCGCGGCGCGAUGCCGGGCAGGCACGUUUCGCGAGUCCGAGCUUUGUAUAAGCGAAUCUUGCAGCUCCACCGGGCUCUGCCCCCGGACCUCAAAGCCUUGGGCGAUCAGUACGUGAAGGACGAGUUUAGGAGACAUAAGACUGUUGGUUCUGGCGAGGCCCAGCGCUUCUUGCAGGAAUGGGAGGCCUAUGCAGCAGUGUUACAGCAACAAGCUAAGGACAGCAGACAAAGUUCAACAGGAAUAGCUUGUUUUGGCACCUCUCUCCCGGAAGAAAAACUCAAUGACUUUCGUGAUGAGCAAAUUGGACAGUUGCAAGAGCUGAUGCAGGAGGCUACUAAACCCAAUCGGCAGUUUAGUAUCACUGAGUCAACGAAACCUAAAUUUUGAUACAUAAUCUUAACGAAGCAUGUUAAAUUUAUAACCUUAUACCUCGUCUCUCAUUGGCUCUUUAAGACAUAUCCCUGCAGCUUUAGUGGAAUAGUAUCUUAUUUUUGGACAUUCUGAAUGAUUCAUUGAUCAAGAUCACAAAGGCUACAUUGUGCUGUCAGUGGAAUAAUGUAUUUGCUGUAUGGAAUGUAAUUUUGUGGAAUUUAAUUUUUUGGACUAAAAAGUAUAAAGAAGAACACACUUUGGAAUUGUACUGAAAAUUUCUUUUUUGUAUAGGAAUGUUUUAAAUUCUAUUCCCAUCAAGCAUUAGCUCGUGGCUUGUUUCUGGUUUCAUCAGUUAAAUAAAUAUAUCAUGAUACUGGUA